AUGGAGGAGUACUACAAGGACCUAUUCGAGAUCAAGCGCAUCAUCAACUUUGGGCCGGUCAAGACGCUGGCCUUCAAGCGCCUGCAGCUGCUCGAGGCCAGGUACAACCUGCACACACUGCUCAACUCGGAGCGCGAGCUCGUGGCCCAGAAGGCCGUGCCGCACCGCGACUUCUACAACGUGCGCAAGGUCGACACGCACAUCCACCACUCGGCCUGCAUGAACCAGAAGCACCUAUUGCGCUUCAUCAAGUCGCGUCUGCGUAACUCCCCCGGAGAGAUCGUGAUCUUCCGUGACGGCCGCUUCAUGACGCUGAGCGAGGUCUUCCGGUCGCUGAACCUCACGGGCUACGACCUGAGCGUCGACACGCUCGACAUGCACGCGAGCAACACGUUCCACCGCUUCGACCGCUUCAACCUCAAGUACAACCCCGCCGGACAGAGCCGUCUGCGUGAGAUUUUCCUUAAGACCGACAACCUCAUCGCUGGCAAGUACCUGGCCGAGAUCACGAAGGAGGUCAUCUCCGACCUGCACGCGAGCAAGUACCAGCUCGUGGAGUGGCGCGUCUCGAUCUACGGCCGCAAACGCUCGGAAUGGGACAAGCUGGGCCGCUGGAUCUACGUCAACAAGCUCACGUCCCCGCACGUGCGCUGGAUGGUGCAGAUCCCGCGACUCUACUUCCUGUACAAGAAGCUCGGCGAAGUGGACAACUUCCAGCAGAUGCUGGACUACAUCUUCCUGCCGCUCUUCGAAGUCACCCGCGACCCGUCGAGCAACCUGCCGCUGCACUACUUCCUCGAGACGAUGGUGGGCUUCGACUGCGUGGACGACGAAAGCAAGGCCGAGCCGUUCCGUGCCGAGCGCGGCAAGAAGCUGCCCAAGCCCCACGAGUGGACACACGAGGCCAACCCUCCAUACGACUACUGGUGCUACUACCUGUACGCCAACAUUGCUGCGCUGAAUGAGUUCCGUCGCCAGAAGGGCCUCAACAUCUUCUCGUUCCGACCUCACUCCGGCGAAGCUGGCGACCCCGAACACCUGGCGGCCGCCUACCUGACUGCUAACGGCAUCAACCACGGCAUCACGCUCCGUAAGUCUGUGGCCCUGCAGUAUCUGUACUACCUGACGCAGAUCGGCAUUGCCAUGUCGCCGCUGAGCAACAACCGCUUGUUCUUGGCGUACCACCGCAACCCGUUCCCGAUCUACCACGCGCGUGGCCUGAACGUCUCGCUCAGCACAGACGACCCGGUCAUGCUGCACUACACGAAGGACGCGCUGCUGGAAGAGUACUCGGUAGCCGUGCAGGUGUGGAAGCUGACGUCCACAGACAUGUGCGAAAUCGCGCGCAACUCGGUGCUGCAGUCAGGUUUCGAGCACAAGUUCAAGGAGCACUACCUCGGCCCCAAGUACACACUGCCCGGCUCGCGCGGCAACGACAUUCGAAUGACUAACGUGCCGGACAUCCGUGUGGACUACCGUCACGAGACGCUCCAGGGCGAGCUAGCGUUCGUAAGCCCCCCCCUCCUACCAAUCACUAGGGGAUAG